GAAAAAAUGGCGAAGGCAAAAUGAAGAGUUUAAUUAUCCUGGUUUUCUGUGCAGUCGUAGUAUCUGCAGAUCUUGCAAGUGAACGUCUCAAGUUGAAAAAGCAUCAAACAGAAUGCGAAACAAAACUGGGAGAACCGAAGAACAUGUUAGAAAAAAUGGCGAAAGGUGAGGAUUUGGGCGACAUGGAAAAGGCCGGAAAAAUGGCGUUGUGCAUAAACACGGAAAUGGGUCAAAUGAACGAAAACGGAGAAAUGAUACCUGAGAAAUUCAAGGAGCACGUGGAUAAUCUCACGGAGAAUCUGAUCGAAAAUAUGCGAAAGAGGAUGAUAGAUGGAUGUGGGAAGAAGCACGGUAGCACUGCUGAGGAAGCUGCGAUGAAUUUCGUACGAUGUAUGACGAAUGUACUACCGCACGCAAGCCCUAGUGAUUUCACAGAAAAUUGAUAACAUUACAUAUUGAAUAUUACAAAUAUAUUUACGAAUUUAUU